CGUGUAGCUUCCCCCCAUCGCCCCACCAUGAAAGUAGCUCAACUCAUACUCAACCUAAUUAAUUUCUUCUACCCCUCUUCAUCCCGAAACUGCCCCACGGCAAAUAGUUAGUUGCUUUGCCCCAUAGGAAUCUAAAGCGCAAUCCAAAAAGACACCGUAGCCGCCUUGGCUUCCAUCCAUUAUUCUACCCAUGAACCUGGUACCUAGGCAUAGAUAGUAGGUGGGAAAGGAGGGGUAGUCCCACUCGGAGCAACAUCUUUGUCAAACCUGUUUCAACCUCUCAUGCACGGUCAGCCGGGGGAGAUUCUUGCGGAGAAAAUUUAUUGGCCUGUUGUGCUUCCAUGCAGCUGCGUCGGUGUAGUUAUGACAUAAUCGCGGCAAUAAAAAAGAGCAUCGCCCAUUUCUUCCCUUGAUUUAAAUAUCCUGCUCUAAGUUUGAAUAUACCCAUUAUGGCGUCUUCUAUGCAGGAGUAUCCACGGCCAGAUUUCACCCGUCCGGACAUCAACUGGAAAUCACUCAAUGGUCCUUGGAGUUUCCUCUACGAUGAUGAUGACGUCGGCUUACAAGAUGGAUGGCACCGGCGAGGUCUCCCUGGGCAAAUUGCUGUGACUGCCGGACAGGACAGCGGCGAGGGGAAAACUUUACAAAAGAGGGAGAUUAUAGUACCCUACGUCUUCCAAACCCCUGCAUCUGGUAUCGGGGAGCGCGAGCCCCAUGAAGUCAUUUGGUAUGAACGAUUAGUCGAUGACAUUCGCCCGCCAGCAGAGCUUGACAAACGUUUCAGCCUGCUGCUCCGAUUCGGUGCAGUCGACUAUGAAGCUACGAUCUGGCUUGAUGGCCAGUAUGUUGGUGAGCAUAGAGGCGGACAUGUGCCUUUUGAUCUGGACCUGAGUGAGUUCGUCAAAGCUCAGCAACAGUCCGCAAGGGUGACUAUUCGCGUUCGCGACUCUCCAUAUGACCUAACUCAGCCCAGAGGCAAGCAGUACUGGGCUGGGAAACCCCAGGGAAUUUGGUACACACCCUCUAGCGGUAUUUGGCAGUCUGUAUGGCUGGAGAGCGUGCCUCGUGCGAGAAUCGCGGAGAGUAGCAGUGGAACUGUCCUCAGGUCGAAUGACAUCCAUGGCGGAUUGCUUCAUGGUACCAUUGCUGUAGCUGGUCGGCGAGCUGGACAUAAAUACCACGUCAAGAUUCAGGUUUCCAUUGGCGGAGUAGUUGUGGACAGAACUUCGCAGAUCUCCAUUCCCCAACAUUCCAGCGUGGUGGAUUGUACCGUUCGUACCAAACUAAGCCGUGAGCAACUUGGCAAGCUCCCUGCAAGCCUAUUGAACGACUCACCUCUCGAAGAUCAUACCGCCUGGCUAGAUGGGGUUGCCCUGUGGUCCCCCGACCAUCCGCUUCUUUAUGAUGUUGCCUUGUAUCUUUUUGAUGGUGAAGGAACGCUUUUGGACGAAGUCAGGAUGACAACGGGUAUGCGAGAGCUAAAUUGGACCACCGGUGACAACACGUUUAGGCUCAAUGGUCACCCACUCUUCCAAUCGCUAGUGCUAGAUCAGGGAUAUUGGCCGGAAACUGGGAUGACACCGCCGUCUGCAGAGGCGCUCAAGCAGGACAUUGAAUUGGCUCAGAGCAUGGGCUUCAAUGGCUGUCGGAAGCACCAAAAAGUGGAGGAUCCGCGCUUCUUGUACUUUGCGGAUCGGCUUGGUUUUCUCGUUUGGGGGGAGAUGGCAAACGCGUACGAGUUUAACGAUACAUAUGUGGAUCGGUUCGACGAAGAAUGGAUGGCGGCAGUGAAACGCGAUAUCAACCACCCUAGCAUUGUCACCUGGACUCCGAUCAAUGAAUCCUGGGGUUACCCUGAGCUUAAGAAUAGCGUACAGCAACAGAACCAUAUCCACAGCCUUUACUACAUGACGAAAUCCUUGGAUCCGACCCGAAGCGUCAAUGACAACUGCGGCUGGGAGCAUGUCUGCAGCGACUUAACUACAUUCCAUGAUUACAGCGACGGACCCGCGCUGGCAAACAUCUGCAAGACUAUGGAAGGUAUACUCGAUAAGAAAGGGGGCCGCCAUACAUUUGUGGGCGGAAGCAGACACCGAAAAGGGGCGCCAGUUAUGUGUACGGAACUCGGCGGCGUAAACAUCGCACCCAGCAACCCCAAUGCAAAAGGCGAGGGUGAUUGGGGCUAUACUACUGCAAGCGAUCCCGCAGACCUGCUUGCUAGGCUGGAAAGGCUCUUGAUGGGCGUCGUCAGCGGUGGCCAUUGCUGUGGGUUUGUGUACACUCAAAUUGUCGAUGUUGAACAGGAAGUCAACGGAUUGUACAGUUUUGAUCGGAAGGCUAAGCUGAAGCCGGAGCUUGUCAAGGACAUCAACGACCGGGCGAAGAAGGUGUAUUUUGAGUCAAUAGAUUCCAAGGGGCUAAGUAAGCGCUUGCGAACUUUCAAGCAUAUGGUCCAGGGCAAGGGGUAAACAGAAAGCGUACUUUCGGGGAGGCUCACCAAAUCUAAUUUUAUAGUGCAUGUCAUAAUCGUAGCAAGCUGCUGGGUUCGGCUGGAAUUACGGUUCUGAAAAAUAGUAAAAGCUGAAGCAGAGCAUGGCUUUUUUGCCCAUGGCAAAGAGUAUUCAUCAAUUUUCCAGCAGAUUUAACGGGUCACACUUGAUAUCAUCCUUUUCUUCUUCUGCAAAAGUCAAAAAGUAGGCUGAACAGGGAGAGAUGAUUGUGAAGAAUGAGAAAGAAAUGAUAUAUGAUCAUCAAUCACAUGUACAUGUACAUGCACUUCAUCUAGGAAGACACUUACUUGGGGUCCCUUGACGUCCACAAUUUACCCGGUUUAUUGUCACGCCGUUGGAAAUAUAGCCCUCCUAUCUUCAAGUAGUUAUAUAUCUACAUGUACAGUACUUACAAAUUCUAUGAGAUAAAAUAAAUUAAGAAAAUUAAGCAAAGUAUCGCCAGG